AUGUCUAGCACAGAAACAACCACUCAGACCCAGGAGGCUGAGGCCCACCGCACCUUCGCCGCUCAGUUCGAGACCAAGGAUCUCGUGGGCUUUGAUACCAGCAAGGUAUACGGGGACUGGCGCGAUGAAUUCCACAAACACGGCUGCGUGCUCAUCAAGGGUGUCAUCUCGCCUGAGCGGGCCAAACAUUAUGCCGACAAGCAGAUCCGGUGGCUCAAGAACUUUGAGCUCGGCUUUGAUGAGAACGACCCUGAAACGUGGACAGAAGACCAUCUGCCCAUCAGCUUCAAGGGCGGCAUGUAUCUCGCAUAUGGCGGUCCGCACGAGAAAAUGGCUUGGGAGGCACGCACCGAACCAGGCGUCAUCGAAAUCUUCGAGAAGCUCUGGGAUACAAAGGAGUUGAUUUCUUCAUUUGAUGGCAUGAACAUUUCAAUGCCAAACCGCAAGGACGUGAAAUGGUCGCCAUGGCCUCACUGCGACCAGAACCCCGAGCGCAAGGGCAUGCAAGCCGUUCAGGGGCUUCUGAACUACUCCCCUAAUGGUCCCAAGGACGGAGGUCUCAUGCUGAUGAAAGGCUCGGCCCACCUCUUCAACGAGUUCUUUGCUCACAAGCGCGAGUCCAACGACCACGAGGAUGCCCCUCCACCAGAGAUCAAGUUCAUGGACCUGUAUCUCUUCUCGGAGAAGGACGUCAAGUGGUUCGAGGAGCGCGGCUGCGAGCUCAUCAAGGUGAACAUGGAGCCGGGUGACUUUGUCCUCUGGGACAGCAGGACAAUGCACUAUGCGCGCCUGCCUGAGGGCGAGCAGAUCCGGAAUGUGCAAUACAUCUGCAUGACUCCGCGCAGGUUUGCGACCGAGGAGGCUCUGGAGGCCAAGAAGAAGUGCUUCGAGACUUACACCGGCACGACCCACUGGCCACAUUGCAACAUCAGGCCGGCUGAUAACAAGCCAAUGAGAAAUGGGGAGGUUUGUCCUAAGUACAGGACCGAGCCGUUUGAGAAGCCUGAGGUUACGGAUACGGUGCUUCGGUUGGCGGGCGUCAAGGCUUAUUGA